ACACGCUAUAGUCAGCGCUAUCUGCUUCCCCCUUUUCAUUUCAUCUCUUUCUUUUGAUUCUGAUUUUGAGAACACCAACAUUAGUCCCUUCUCUGAAGAUGGAUUUGAAAAGCAAGGGAAUUUCACUCACCACCCUUUUCUUCUUUCUUCUUCUUUCUGCUAUUUUCCCAUCCUCUUUCUCUGAAGCCGAUCAGCUUCUCGACAGCAAGAAGAAGAAACCAACCCCUCCAAUCGCUGCUUUAUCCCCUGCUUCUUCUGUUGUUUUCCCUGUUCAAGGAAAUGUAUAUCCGCUUGGGUAUUACACGGUGAACCUCGCCAUUGGCAAUCCCUCCAAGCUUUAUGAUCUUGACAUUGACUCUGGCAGUGAUCUCACUUGGGUUCAAUGUGAUGCACCAUGUACAGGUUGCACCAAGCCUCGCCAACAACUUUAUAAACCAAAUGGCAACCUUGUGCAAUGUGCUGAUCCCUUGUGUUCUGGAGUCCAGUCAGCACCAAACCAUCAUUGUACUGCCCCAAAUGAACAGUGUGACUAUGAAGUUGAGUAUGCAGACACAGGAUCAUCUUUGGGUGUGUUAGUCCGAGAUUAUAUUCCCCUUCGGCUCACUAACGGAUCUUCUGUACGCCCAAGGAUGGCCUUCGGGUGUGGAUAUGAUCAAACGCAUUCUGGUCAUAACCCACCACCUUCCACUGCAGGGGUUCUUGGCCUUGGCAAUGGCAAGACAAGCAUUUUGUCCCAGCUUCAUUCUCUUGGUCUAAUUCGCAAUGUGGUGGGUCACUGCCUAAGUGGGAAAGGAGGGGGAUUUUUAUUCUUUGGAGACAAGCUCAUUCCCUCAUCUGGAGUUGUUUGGACACCCAUAUUGCAGAGUUCCUCAGUAAAACACUAUAAAUCAGGUCCAGCAGACUUGUUUUUCAAUGGGAAGCCAACUUCUGUUAAGGGUCUUGAACUUACCUUUGAUAGUGGCAGCUCCUACACAUACCUCAAUUCCCAAGCUUAUAAAGCUUUUGUUGAUUUGGUUACUAAUGAUUUAAAGGGAAAGCCGUUGAAUAGAGCAACUGAGGAUUCAUCACUACCGAUUUGUUGGAAGGGUGCAAAGCCUUUCAAACAUCUACGUGAUGUCACUAACUAUUUUAAGCCCCUGCUACUUAGUUUCACAAAAUCUAAGAAUUCGCAGCUGAACCUACCACCAGAAGCUUAUCUAAUUGUCACUAAACAUGGCAAUGUCUGCUUGGGGAUUCUAGAUGGCACUGAAAUAGGACUAGGAAGUAUUAACAUAAUUGGAGAUAUCUCUUUACAAGAUAAGAUAGUAAUUUAUGACAACGAGAAACAGCAAAUUGGAUGGGCCUCUGCAACUUGUGAUAGACUUCCCAAGUCAUAACAUAUAUCAAUGUAUUGUGGUCUUUUUCUUUUAC